AGGUUAAGUUGCACGCACACGAUGAUGUGCGAGGUGAUGCCCACCAUCAGUGAGGCGGAGGGCCCAGGGCGCAGGGGCUCCGGGUCCCCUCUGCAGUCGGACUCUGAGGGCCACUUUGAGUCCCUGAUGGUGUCUAUGCUAGAGGAGAGGGACCGGCUGCUCGAGACGCUAAGAGAGACACAGGAGAAUCUGGGCCUGGCUCAGGGCAAACUGCAUGAAGUCAGCCAUGAGAGAGACUCACUACAGAGGCAGCUCAACACAGCGCUACCACAGGAGUUUGCUGCACUCACAAAAGAGCUGAACGUUUGUCGAGAGCAUCUUCUGGAGAAAGAAGAGGAGAUUGCAGAGCUUAAAGCUGAGAGGAACAACACACGGUUGUUGCUGGAGCAUCUGGAGUGCCUGGUCUCUCGUCAUGAGCGCAGUCUGAGGAUGACUGUCGUGAAGAGGCAGGCACAGAGUCCAGCUGGAGUGUCCAGUGAAGUGGAGGUGCUCAAGGCCUUAAAGUCUCUGUUUGAACACCACAAAGCCCUCGACGAGAAGGUGCGUGAGAGACUACGUGUUGCCUUGGAACGAUGUAGCGCCUUAGAAGAACAGCUAACCAUUUCACACAAAGAGUUGUCUUACCUCAGGGAACAGAACAACAUAAAGCGCGGCCAGGCCGAUGGAACCAGCGAAGUUAACCACAGCGAGAGCAUCCCCAGCACCAAUGGAAAGCGUGCAUCAGAUGGUUCUCUCAGUCAGGAGGAGGACAUAGCGCCCCCUGUAGUCGGUAAAGUGGGUGAACUGCAGCAAGUGGUGGACAGGCAGACCGCAGACCUGGGGCAGAUGAAGGAGCGGAUGGCUGCUAUGGCGUCUCGAAUCAGUGAGCUCGAAGAGGACCUGGACACAGCCAGAAAAGACCUCAUCAAGUCUGAGGACAUGAACACAAGACUACAGAGAGACCUUAGAGAGUCGAUGGCGCAGAAGGACGAUAUGGAGGAGAGGAUCACGACAUUGGAGAAGCGAUAUCUGGCCGCUCAGAGAGAGGCUACCUCAGUCCACGACCUCAAUGACAAACUGGAGAAUGAAGUGGCCAACAAGGACUCCCUCUUCAGACAGACUGAGGAGAGAAAUCGUCAGCUUCAAGAGAAACUGGAGCUUGCUGAGCAGAAGCUGCAGCAGACCAUUCGAAAAGCAGAGACUCUCCCAGAGGUGGAAGCAGAGCUGGCCCAGAGAGUGGCUGCUCUCACCAAGGCAGAAGAGCGUCAUGGCAACGUGGAGGAGAGGUUACGACAACUUGAGGCGCAACUGGAGGAGAAGAACCAGGAACUGCUCCGGGCACGUCAAAGAGAAAAAAUGAAUGAGGAACACAAUAAGCGACUGUCUGAAACUGUGGACAAACUUCUGUCUGAGUCGAACGAGAGGCUGCAGCUCCACCUAAAGGAGAGGAUGUCGGCACUGGAGGAGAAGAACUCCCUCAUAAGAGAACUAGAUCACACUAAGAAGUUGAUUGAGGAGUCACACCAUGAAAAGGAACAGCUGCUGAUUCAAAUUGAAACCAUGAGAGCAGAGAGUGAACAGGACAGGAGUCGGAGCAACUCACUCCUGCAUGGGCGUCCUCAAAUGAGCUCCACUCCAGACUUCAGGUAUCCAGUGUCGGCCUCGUCGAUGAUGGACAGCAGCUCGGACCACUACAACAGCGCUCUUGUUCUACGGCGACCACAGAAAGGGCGAGUGGCAGCUCUACGAGACGAGCCCUCCAAAGUGCAGACUCUGAACGAGCAGGAGUGGGAGCGCAUGCAGCAGGCUAAUGUGUUAGCUAACGUAGCGCAGGCCUUUGAAAGUGACAUGGAUGCAUCGGAUCUGGAGGAGGACAGAGACGCUUUAUUCAGCUCUGUGGACCUGCUCUCUCCAGCGGGACAGGCUGAUGCACAGACACUCGCGCUGAUGCUACAGGAGCAGCUAGAUGCCAUCAACAAUGAGAUCAGAAUGAUCCAGGAGGAGAAGGAGAGCACAGCGAUCCGUGCAGAGGAGAUAGAGUGCAGGGUGGGCAGUGGGGACAGUCUGGGAGGCAGGUUCAGGUCCAUGAGUUCUCUGCCGCCGUCUCUCUGCCCUGGGUCAUCUUUGGGCGGAUCUCCCCCAGGCUCCGGCAGCUCCACCCCUAGGAUGGUGUCCCGAAGCCCCCACCGUGAGAUGGACCGCAUGGGGGUCAUGACACUGCCUUGUGACCUGCGCAAGCAUCGCAGGAAGUCUGCUCAGGAUGACAAAGCCACUAUCCGCUGUGAGAGCUCUCCUCCUUCCACUCCUCGUUCCAUUCGUUUAAAUAGAGAAGCAGGACACACCGCUAGUCAUGAAGACAUCAGGGAUUUCAGAGGUCUGUCAAACCUCCAGGACGGUCAGGGCAGUAACCCCAGCAGCAGUAACAGCAGCCAGGAUUCGCUGAAUAAAGCCGCGAAAAAGAAAAGCAUCAAGUCUUCCAUCGGACGUCUGUUUGGGAAGAAGGAGAAGGGACGACCCAGUAUCCCGGGACGGGACUCCACCAGCCAGGCUGGGACUCCUGAAGCCGAGAGCUCGCCAAAGGACGGUUUAGGGAUGGGCACUUUGUCAGGAACUGCUGAGGAAAACAGGAAACUCCAAAAAAACCCAAAGACCGGGCAUGAACUUCUUGAGGAAGCGCGCAGACAGGGAUUACCGUUCGCACAGUGGGACGGACCAACUGUUGUGGUUUGGCUUGAGCUGUGGGUGGGGAUGCCUGCCUGGUACGUUGCUGCCUGCAGAGCCAAUGUGAAAAGUGGAGCUAUAAUGUCUGCGCUGUCGGACACAGAAAUCCAACGAGAGAUCGGAAUCAGCAACCCACUGCAUCGCCUCAAACUGCGACUGGCCAUUCAGGAAAUCAUGUCCCUGACCAGCCCCUCUGCCCCGCCCACUUCCAGAACCAGCACGGGCAACAUUUGGGUCACUCAUGAAGAAAUGGAAACUCUGGCAGCAACUCCUCCCACGACUUUGGCAUAUGGAGACAUGAACCACGAGUGGAUUGGCAAUGAGUGGUUGCCAAGUCUGGGUCUGCCUCAGUAUCGCUCAUACUUCAUGGAGUCCCUGGUGGACGCCCGAAUGCUUGAUCAUUUAACCAAAAAGGACCUGAGGGGACAGCUCAAGAUGGUCGACAGCUUCCACAGGAAUAGUUUUCAGUGUGGCGUCAUGUGUCUGCGGAGGCUAAACUACGAUAGGAAAGAGCUCGAGCGACGGAGAGAAGAGUGUCAAUUUGAUAUUAAAGACGUGCUGGUUUGGAGUAAUGAGCGCGUCAUCAGUUGGGUGCAAGCCAUUGGGUUGAAGGAAUACAGUGGAAAUAUAUACGAGAGCGGAGUCCACGGGGCUCUCAUGGCUUUAGACGAAACAUUCGACCACAAUGCACUGGCACUACUGCUGCAGAUACCCACACAGAACACACAGGCCAGAGCAACCCUGGAGCGUGAAUUCAACAGUCUCCUGGCUAUUGGCACGGAAAGGAGGAUGGAAGAGGACGACGAUAAGAACUUCCGCCGUGCUCCGUCGUGGAGGAAAAAGUUCCGGCCCAAAGACGUGAGGGGACUGGGAGCGUCAGACACUUUACCGGCCAACUUCAGAGUGACGGGUGCUGGGUCCCCCUCCCCUCAGCCAAAGAGAAGCCCUGUAGACGGUAACCGCUGGUCAGAAGAUGAAGGAGAUUUCCCUGCAUUUAAAACCAGAAUGAUGAACUGAAAUAUUUUUUUUAACUAAAUUUAAUCAGAAAAAGACUGUAUUCCUCACCUGAAGCUCCCUAUAGGAACCUUUAUAGACAAAUGUUGGUUAUAAUAUUUAUGUAAACCAAUGGGACAUUUUAAUAGAUUUUUAGACCUAUGUAUAAUCUUUUUUACCUCGUUUUUUUUCUUAAUCAAAAAUAAACAGUUCCCUUCUGUGCCCGAAUAUUAAGCUUAAUAUAAAUAUAUAUAUAACUGAAUGUUUUAACCAAGUUUGUACAUUUCUACCAGAACUGUCUAAUCUUUUUAUAAUCCUGAUUCUAUGGAAAAAGAUGUUUUAUUUUCGCUAUAAUGGCAAAUCUAAUCAUGAAUUUAAAGUGACUUGUUAAAUCUCUGUAUCUUUUAUCCCUUUUUAUCUGUAAGUACUUUUUUGUAAUUUCUCUAAAAUACUAUGGACAUUUUUAGGUCAAAAUACUGUGUCAGUAUCAAACAGAUUUAUCACUGUGAGACUAUAUCAAGUUCAUCAGUCACUACGUUUACAUGCAAAAAUAAGAGGGGAAAUUCAACACUGCCUAUCUUGGCUAUAAAUACUUUCUAGAAUGCAUGCAACUGUUGUGUGUUUGUAUGCAGUGAGAUAAGGAACUAGAGAGGUCGUCGCCAUGGUAACCUGUAGUAAAUAAUGUCCAGUCCCAGGAGACAUGUUUUAAGUUUAGAAUUCUACUCAAGAACCCAGACAAACUCACAGAGAGCCUUAAUAUUUUGAUUUGGGUUUUGAUUGAGCUUUUUUGUAUUUGUACUUUAUCUAAGGCCCUGUUCUACUAAAUUAAUGUGAACAAAUGUGAAAAAAAAAUCUUUGAUUUUUUUUUUUCUUAUUUUAGAGUAAUAAUCAUGAACUUAACAGAAUAAUUAUCAAUGAUUUGUCCAUAUGACAUAUUAACAGACAAACAGUUUAGCUCUGUAAAAAUCACAAACCAAUGCAGUGUUUUUAGAGUGAAUAUUAAUGUUCAUAAUUCAGAGAAAAAAGUCCCAAUCAAGACAGAGUUCCUGCAUAAUUAGCACACAAAUAUAUCAUAUUAUAUGUUUAUUUAAACACUUGAAUCAAUUAAGUUAUUUCCAAUCACAAUUUAGUGUUUGUUCCACUCAUAAGAUGGCCACUGUACUUGAUACAGCAACAGAACUCACGCUCUGUCUAGACCUUAUUUUAUGGGUUGUACCAUACGUAAUUUAUUAUUAUAUGGCAUUAGAAACUCUGCUACUGUAAUUUAUCACAGCUGUAUUAACAUGUCAAACAUGGAUGGUGGUGAUGGAUGGUAAUAAUAAUUUAGUGUAAUUUUGGAAGAGUUCUAUUUUUAAUAUGUUAUUUUUGCAGCCUUUUUAAUAAUGUUCUAACUGCAUAUCUUCAAAGCAACAAUUACCAUAUUACCCAUUUUCCACCUCCCAUUAUUUCAUGACAAUAAAACUAGCCCUAAUACACUUUGAAAUGAGAAUCAUUGCUGGUAUUUUCUUUUUAUAU